UGCAACUUUAGAACCUAGUGCUCACUCAGCUGAUGACCUUCUCUUUGCACAGAACUAUCUGGAUGCCUACUACAGACAAGAAUCAGUUUGGAAACAGAGCUCCAACUCCCUGUCAUAUAGGCUGCAGCGUAUGCAAUCAUUUUUUGGCCUAGAAGCAAAUGGACUGCUCAGUGCAGAGACCCUCGAACUGAUGAAACAACCAAGGUGUGGAGUCCCUGAUGUGGCAGGAUACCAUUUCCCCCCCACAAAGAUUAAAUGGCCGAAGUGGAACAUUACUUACAGAAUUAUGAACUACACUCUGGAUCUGAGCCGGAAAGAAGUGGACCAAGCUAUCCAGGAGGCUUUCCAAGUUUGGAGUGAUGUCACCUCCCUUCAGUUCACCAACAUUUUUGAUGGCACAGCAGACAUUAUGAUCUCUUUUGGAACCAAAGAACAUGGGGACUUCUUUCCUUUCGAUGGACCAUUGGGUCAACUGGCUCACGCCUUCGCUCCUGGUGACAACCUUGGGGGGGAUGUCCACUUUGAUGAUGAUGAAACUUGGACUAGUGAUUUCAGAGCUUUUAAUUUAUUUGCAGUUGCUGCCCAUGAGUUUGGCCAUGCUUUGGGCCUAGAACACUCCCGUGACCCUGUUGCUCUGAUGUACCCCUUUUACACCUAUCGCGACUUGAAAGACUUUGUCCUUCCUCAAGAUGAUGUACAAGGAAUCCAAGCUCUUUACGGUCCACAGAAAGGAACAGUCAAUGCCAAAGCACCAGCAAGAUGUCACCCAAACUUCUCACCAGAUGCAAUUGCAGAAAUACAUGGGGAUAAAAUCAUAUUCAAGGACAUAUUUAUGUGGUAUCCUCAGAUAACUCAAAAAGACUGGGGUGUCAUUCAGUUGCUUUGGCCAGGACUUCCAAACCAAGUUGAUGCUGCAUAUAGCCUACCAGUCAAGGACCUUGUCUUCAUAUUUAGAGGGAAGGAAUUUUGGGCUUUGAAAGGCAACAAUAUACUUCAUGGCUAUCCUCAGAAACUUUAUGAACUCGGAUUCCCAAGCAAUGUGCAAAGGAUAGAUGCUGCAUUUCAUGAUGCAAAGAUUGGCAAGACCAAAUUUUUCACUGGAGACCAGAUAUGGAGCUAUGAUGAGAGAUUUCAUUCUAUGGAGCACGGCUAUCCGAAACUAGUGAAGAAGGAAUUUCGUGGAAUUGUGAAUAAGCUUGAUGCAGUAUAUCAAGAGAAUGGUUCCAUUUACUUCUUCUGCGGCUCAGUGCAGUUUGAAUACAGCAUCUGCCACAAAAGAAUCAUCCGCACUGUGCAUGCAAACUCCGUGUUAGGCUGCUAAGCUGCA